AUGAUCACAACUUUGGCUGGAGAUGGUCAAUGUAAAUUUUUGGAUUCCACAGAAAAAGUGAAUGCCACAUCAAUUUCUAUUUAUCCCCAAACAAUCUCCGUUCCAAUUAACAAGUAUUCGAAUAUGGAUGAAAUUGAUGUUUAUUUCACACAAGAUUACAAUGUAUUCUUGUUAAGGAAUGGUUAUGUAUCUCUGUACAGGACUUUUUCAGAGUCAAUUCAAGGAAUUAUCAUUAAUGAAAGAGAUGAAUGGCAAGUUUUACUUCAAUCAAAAGGUGAAAGAAUAUUCAGAAAUGGAACACGUACUGUUUUUGACUGUAGGAAUAGUAUGUCUUUUGCUUUUGAUGUUACCUCUUUGAAAACAUAUCAAAAUGGACUUAAUACGAUUGUGGAAGAAACUUUUUAUUUUUCUGGACCUCAAGCAGUGACAUCUAAGAAAUUUACAACUGUUUACAAUCAGGAUGAAAGUGUGAAUUCACUCGAAAUGGGAGUUUUCGAACAUGUCAUUAAGGGAACAAACACAGGAUCAUUGGGCGAUGGAGGGCUAGCCAUUGAAGCUCAAAUAACCAAUGCAAUAUCAGUCACAAUUUCCAUUGGAGGAGCAAUUGUUUUUGUGGAUGUUUCAGAUGAAAUGAGAAUGGUGGAUAGAAGGUCAGGAUUAAUUUCAACAAUUUACUCGAGUAGGGUUCCCUUUGCUGAAAAAACCAGAGGAACAAUGACUGGUCUCAGAUCACCAAAAGAUUUGAUCAUUAUUAAGAAUAAGAAUGGAGAAGAGGAAUUGCUGAUUUCUGAUUCUCAAUCAGCUCGUUUACUGAAAUAUUCAUUUAUGAGUGGAAUAUCUGAAAGGAUUAGCACUUCUCUAUUAGAUUUGAAACGUGGAUUACACAGUAAGAUUCCUAUAUUUACUGAUCCAAUAUCAAUUACCACUGAUCACCAAUCAAACUUACUCGUAGUUAAUAAUAUUAACUAUUGGGCUUCGAAUUUUCUUGUGAAAUUCAAUUUGAAUACUCUAGAAUCUCAACCAAUGACUGGAUCAUUCUUCUUUAAUUCAACCAAUACACAAAUGGUUGAUGGUUUAUCAGAAGUUCUCAACAGUCCACAAGGAGUUUGUGUUGCAGUAGUGAAUUACAAUCUCGAAAAGAAUGUCACUCUAUUUGUUUCAGACACAAAGAAUUAUAGAGUUUUAAUGGUAGAUGUUAGUACUGGAAUAUCCCAAACACUGGUUUCAAAGGACAGUGGUAUUGGCACUCCAGUUGGCAUUGCCUAUAUAAGUAAUUAUGUUUAUUUUUCAGAUAGUGAAAAACAUUGUUUGUGGCGAGUGAAUAUUAGAACUAGAAAAUUGGAACUAUUUGCUGGAAUACCAACAGUGAAGGGUUUUAAUGGAGAUAACACACUGUUGAACACAACAUUUAAUAGUCCAAAAGGAAUUCAUAUUGACUCUGCUGAUAAAGUUUUACUGGUUGCCGACUCUAGAAAUCAUAGAAUUAGAUCAAUUUACUUGGGCAGUAGUACAUCUCAAAUGGUAAAGACAGUUGCUGGUUCUGGACAUGAAGGAUUCAAUGGUGAUAAUAUUUUAUCAACUGAAACUCAAUUGAGCUUUCCUGAGGAUGUUGUCGUGGUAGAUAGCCAAAUGAUUUGCAUUGCCGAUACGGGUAAUCACAGAAUUCGAUAUGCCACUAUUAAUGGUGUUACAGAUACCUAUGCAGGCACAGGUGAAAUUGGUAAUGGAGGUGACGGUGGAUUUGUUAGAAAUAUGGAACUCUAUCUCCCUAAAAGUAUAACCAUUUCACAGAAUACCAUGUUUAUAGCUGAUACUAAUAAUAAUAGGAUUAGGACUGUCUCGAUUUCUACUGGAAUUGCUGAUACAUUGAUUGGAGGUGGAGAAUUUGAGGAGGGAUUGGGAAUCAAAUCCAAGCUCAGCUAUCCUUCAAGCGUCAGAUAUCUCCAGUUACCAAGUGGUGGAACUCAAUAUCUGGCAAUUGCUGAUACUUACAGUAAUUUGGUGAAACUUUACAAUUUUAAAACUGGUAUCGUCAAGACUAUAGUUGGUGGAAUAGGUGAUAAGGGAUUGGCAUCCUAUGCUUCAAUUAAACCUUAUGCGGUUUCUGUUUCUCCUCUCAAUGGAGAAAUUUAUGUGACCGAUUUUGGAAAUAACAAGAUUAGAAAGAUUGAUAGAAAUGGAAUAAUUUCAACAAUUGCAGGAAAGGGAUAUGGUUUUAAUGGAGAUUCAAAUGAUGCUAAGUCUGCACUUUUGGCUCAGCCAACCGGAAUUGCCAUCAAUUUGGAUAAUGAAAUUAUAUUCGCCGAUUCGAAUAAUAAUAGAAUUAGAAUGAUUCAUGUGAAUGGAUCAAUUUCCACCAUUGCAGGCAGUGGAAAUCCUGGAUACAUAGAUGGAAUUGCUGAACAGGCAGAGCUUAAUUAUCCAACUAUAGUGAAAUUGGUACCUCCUGAUUUUGUGGAUAUUAUUUUCAUUGAUUCACUGAAUGCAAUGAUUAGGAAAAUAAGUAGACGAAAUGGAAUUAAUCUAGUUUACACAAUUGCUGGAAAUUCAACUGUGAAAGAAUUGGAUUUGAAUGAAAUUUUGGCAACGAGUGAUUAUUUGGCAUCUCCACAAGGAUUUACAAUUUCCCCUAGUUCUGGAUCGAUUUACUUAUCAGAUUCUACUCAAAAUGUCGUGAGACAACUGACACCAUUUUGUAGAGAGGGUUACCUUUUGAGUAGAGAUUUGACAAUGUGUAUUCCAAUAUGUUUUGGAAUACCAGCAAAUAUUUCAGAAUCAGUGUGUAGUGGAAACGGAAAUUGUUUCGAUAUUAAUCAAUGUUCUUGCAAUCAAGGUUUUUUUGGCAAUAACUGUCAAUUACCAAUUUGCUUUAAUUAUCCAAAGACAUCUGUGGAAGUUUGCUCACAUGGAAAUGGAUCUUGUACAGCACCAGAUAAUUGUGUUUGUAAUAGUGGAUAUACAGGAAAAGAUUGUGGGGUUGCUAUUUGUUUUGGUCAAUCAGGAUCAAGUGCUUGCUCAGGACAUGGAACAUGUGUAAAACAGGAUGAGUGUCUUUGUCAAUCUUCCUACUUUGGAAAGGAUUGUAGUAUCAACACGAUUGCCCUCGGAUUGGGACUCUCAUCUGCCAUUGUUUUACUCAUCGUUACUGCCAUUUGUUUCAUUAUCUUUAUUUCGUAUAUUUCUGUAAAACGAAAGAAUAAGAAACUGACUGAAACUGAUCUGGUUUUAGAUGAAAGAUUGUUGGACCAUUAUGAAUCAAGUAUGGGAUCUAGUUCUUACUAUGUGGAAGAGGCAGAUAAAUUCAUCAUUCCAAUAGAACAACUCAAUAUGGACAAACCAAUCAAGAGACUCGGAGAAGGUGGAAUGGGUUCUGUUUUUGCAACCAAAUUCAAUGGAAUGACAAUUGCAGUCAAGGUAUUCGAUUUGAAUAAUUUGAGUAUUUCAGAAAAUGAUUUCAAAGUGGAAGCAAUUUUAUUAAGCAAAUUAAGGCAUCCAAAUAUUAUCAAUUUCUAUGGUGUUUCAUCGACACCAACAAAGAGAUUCAUUGCCAUGGAGUGCAUGGAUAAGAGUUUAGAGGCAAUGAUUGCAUCCAUGCAACGUGGCUAUUCCAAAUGCACUCUCAAUGAAAAAUUGGCAAUAUUGAGGAACAUUGUGAGUGGAAUUUAUUAUUUGCAUCAUUUGGAACCGAAUUUCAUUGUCCACAGAGAUUUGAAACCAGCCAAUAUCCUUCUCGAUAAAAGUGGAACUGCCAAACUGUGUGAUUUUGGAUUAGGACGAGCUUUUUGUUCUCACACAAUUUCAGCAAUUACCAGUCAGAUUGGAACCAGCUCAUUUAUGGCUCCGGAGCUUUUCUCUGGUGAAAUUGAGAGAGAGGACGCCCGUUCUAUUGAUAUCUACAGUUUGGCCAUCAUUAUGUGGCAAUUAUUAUUCGAAAUUAUUGAACCUUACCAUAGCUCAGAUCCAAACGUUCUCAAAAAGUUGAAAAUCACCAAACCAACACCAUUUAGUAGUUCGUAUCACUUCCAUAAGAGUGUUUGUGAGGAGAAUUUGAGGCCAAUCAUUCCAUUCUCAACUUGUGAAGAGUGUAAGAAAUGGUGUGAGGAAUUUCUUGAUAAGGAACAAGUAAUUCACCAUGAAUUGAUUUUUGAAAUGACAAAAGUGAUUCGCCAGAUGUGGAGUCAUGAGCCAGGUAAACGACCUUCUAUUGAUGUGAUAUUGAAAAAGGUUGAAGAAUGGGAUUUGCUUCUUCAAUAA